GUGAAACGCGGCGUUGCUCUCACUAGAGGUCCCUGUUUACUCACCGUGAAAAGAAGGAAAUCUGUGCUGAACGCCUUUCUCGUUAGCUUGCAGACACAAACGCUUUACCAAGCCUCAAAGACCUUCUAGAAUCUGUGCCAAACACAGAGAAAAGGACCUGGGAUUUGUUUAGUUGGAUUUUGUCGUCCAAGAUCCUGAUGAUACAAAGUACGAAGAAACAGGAGUAUGAGAAGAUCCAAGAGCUCACUGGGAUGUCUGGUGCUGCUGUUCCUGCUCCGGACUUCCUGUUUGAGGUAAUGUAUUGCGAGCAAAUGAAUACCAAGUUUGCCGAGACCAGGGGAGAACGGGACCUCAUCUACGCGUUCCACGGGAGCCGCCUCGAGAACUUCCAUUCCAUCCUGCACAACGGCCUGCAGUGCCACUUGAACAGGACAUCCCUGUUCGGUGAAGGUACUUAUCUUACCAGUGAUCUGAGUCUGGCUCUCCUCUAUAGCCCUCAUGGGCUUGGAUGGCAGCGGAGUGUUUUGGGCUCUAUCCUUAGCUGCGUAGCUGUCUGUGAGAUCAUUGACCACCCAGAUGUAAAGUGCCAGGUGAAAAAGAAAGAACUCUUCUCUUCCUAUGCAGAUUCAGAAGAAAUAGACAGGAAAAGAGCAAGAGUGAAAAACAGCGAAGGGGGUGAUGUACCACAGAAAUACUUCGUUGUCACAAACAACCAGCUUUUACGAGUUAAAUACUUGCUAGUAUAUUCACAGAAACAGCAUAGGAGGCUCCCUAGUCAAUCUUCCUGGUUUUCCACCCACCGUUUUGCUGUAAUGAUGAUGCUCUACCUACUGCUGCUAAUGGUGAUAGGGGCCAGCAAUUCGCCAGCCUUCCUGUACUACUGGCACAGAAUGUUUGACUCGGAAGGAUGAAUUGCCUGGGAUGAUGAACUGUUAUUUUCACCAUGUGCCUUAAUAAUAGCAAAUCUAUGAUGUACUGCAUCUGUCUAAGAGCUCUGGAAAUGAAGGUGCCUGGAGUUUUCCAUUUCUGUCUCUGCUAAACUAUCCUCAUGGCAACUUUCCAUUUAUUCUUAUUUCUGUGUUCCUGUGAUUUAUGAGGAUGCCCGGUACAGCUGAAAAGGGUCACAGUGGUGCAGCUUAGCGUGAACCAAUUGUUAAGGGUCCAUGACUAGAGAAGUUAUUUAAAAUUAAUGAAGGCUUAGUGCGACCAUUUUCUGUCAGACUGAGGUAGUAAUAUUUGCAUGCAGUUGGAAAGGAAGACUUUUCUGUAUUUCAGAGAGGGUUACUUGUAGCAGAUCUUAACCAGUUUGUUUUCAGAAACUGUAUUCAGUGAUGUUUCUCAUGUACUGAUGCAGAUGGUCACUUUUAAACCUAACUUUGUUUUUGGCCAGGAAUUUUUAUAUUUGAGCAUGAAGAGAAAACAGCAUGAAAUAGCAACCAAAAUGGGAGAAAUUACUAAAAAAAAAAUUUAAAGUUUUUUUAAAUUUAUUUUUUGUUUUGUUUUUGCAUUAAAUCCAUGGGGUUUGCCUUGUUCCUUAUAUAUAGAUCAGGCUGAAAUAACAGUUCGGCAUCAAUAGUAAAUAAGGAUUUCCCUGUUAAACUGCCUUCCACUUGUGUCUUCUGUGCCAACGAGGGGGAGGGCGAACGUUUCCACUUAAACUGACACCUGGCAGGCUUUUUAGGGUUGGCUCUGCUUGGUUUUUGGGAUCUAGUUCAACAUUUGUACCCGUAUUGAAUCGUUUUCUCCCUCUUUACAAACAAAUAGACUAACUAGCAGUAACAUACCAACUAUUUCCUGAGGCAGGUUUCUAAGAAAUGGAAUAAAACGGCAGUAGAUGCAGUUUGUAUCCAUGAACGUUCUUAGUAUGAUUAGCUUUGUGUAGACUUCACCUAGUGUUGGAGGUAUGACAACUUGUGCACAAUACUGCAUGUUUGUAAGGCAGAUUGUCCACGUUAAGUUUUCAGAAAGAGGUGGAGCUUUUCGUGGUCAGAAUUACAGCAGUUACACUCUUUGUGGAGUGCUUUGGCUUAAUGCUGGUGUGUAAAGCCUCAGUACAUCUCAGAAUCAUCUUUUCUAAUCUUGAAGUAGGGAAUUCUGACCGUAUUUCAGGGGUUUGCUUGAAAAUAAGUGAACAGGGCAUGUGUGAGUUCAUUGUAGAACAUUAAGAAGGAAACAUCCUCCCCCUUCUGUCCAAGUCUUUUGUAUUUGCUGUUGUUACAAAACAACUUCGGCUAACUGAAACUGAAAAAGGAACAAAGAAC